GGGUUUGACUAUAAGACGUGUAAUGUGCUGGUGGCCCUGGAGCCCCAGGCAGAGGAGAUAUCAGUAUGUGUGUUUGAAGGCAAGGAUCAGGAUGACAUCGGAGCCGGAGAUCAGGUACAGUUCAAUUACAGUUCCACCAAUUCAGCGCCUUUUGAGAAAUGUAACUUGGUAAAAUAAAAUGUUUGAUUUCAACAAAUUUAACAUUCUGUCAUAAAGAGACACAUUUUCAACUUCAUUAAAAAACAAAUUUUCCCAUCUCAAGAGGUUAAAUAAAAAAAAUACUAUAGUAAGUACCUGUUGAGUGCCAAAAAAAGUAACACGGUUGACCGUAAGAGUGUUGACGAUUUCAUCUUAAAUCCGACAGAAAUCCCCUUGUGACGGAGAAUGGAAGGCAGGUUAGCGUUUUUCCUCAUGAAUCUGGCAACUCUGCAGAGUGGUCACUAGCUUGGCACCCUGACAUUAACCACACUGCUCACCCUAAUGCCUAACCUUAAAUUAAGUUUUUGUGAAUUUUUACAAUAUAGCCAAUUCUGACUUUGCAGCUGGCCUAUCUAAUUUAGCUCAGUUCUGCCUCCAGGACAAGACUAAUGACAAUAAACAUCAAACUCCGAAUGGAAGCUUUAUGUGUGCAACAGGGUGUGGCAGUUGAAUGCAAGCUUCACAAAACAUUUAAAUUGUUAAAAACAUUCUAGCCAGUCUAUCUAUGGGUAACAGGGUUGACAUGUUAUUCUUUACCGACCCACUCAGUUUUCUACCACAAAACUCCAGAAAAUGGCCUAAAAGAGUGGAACCAGCUCUGCUUUUACUCUAUGAUUUGACUAUUCAAUGUUCAAUGUUUCUUUUGAAAAAAGGAAUGGUUUCACCAUAUUAAAAUGAGAGUUCAGUUCAAGUAACAGGGUUGACCUUAAAAUGAGGGACAAAUGUAUGUGAAUUACUAAUCACAUAAAGUAAAUAAUAAUAUUCAGAAACGACUUUCUCAAAGCACCAAGAUAACUAGGGCUUUACGAUGAUGGUGAAAACCCAGCAAAAUCUUGGUUAUGUGGGUUAAAAUCUUCCUAGAAGUCAGAGGGUCCACGAAGGGUUAUGUCAAAAUGCUGAAUUUUGGCAAUUUAGCAAGUCUUUAGUCCCAUUACAAAUAAGAUUGAUUGAUUUAAUUAUCCAUGUGGUAUUAAAGGUUAGUUACUUCAUUUAAAAUAACCGGCUUAAAAUUCUAUAUUGGUGCACAAAUCCUACUUAAAAUAUCAAAGGGAUGCAAAAGGCAGUCAUUUCGUGGAAUUACCCAUCUACACACACGCACGCACACACAUGCACUGCCGUGGCUUAAGUGAAUGUCUAAUGCUCUAGCCUGUUGUCCUGCCAGGGCCUGAUGUUUGGCUACGCUACAGAUGAGACAGAGGAGUGUAUGCCUCUCACCAUCCUACUGGCUCACAAACUCAACCACAAGAUGAAGGAGCUGUCUACCAACGGGGAGUGUCCCUGGAUCAGACCGGACUCUAAAACUCAGGUGAGCCCUGUAGUGAUGAGGCCAACCUAUCAGUAUGAGUGACGUAGAACCUAGUUAGUGAAUGUCUCCAAUUCUGUACAAACCAUGUAAUGACAGAAAUACAAGUGGAUUGGAGACAGAUGGAGGUGAUACAUAUUUAUCCCCAAGAUUAAAUUGGUUUGAAAUUAGUUUCAGAUCAGAUGAAAUACAGGGGUUCCCAAACUUUUUUGGCCAACGACCCCAUUUUGAUAUCUGAAAAUUCUCGCGACCCCAACCAUGUGAAAUAGAAUUAUGUAGUUAACAGCCAAUGUUCACUUUUUUAAAUUGGGGCUAUGGCAGUCAAUUGCAAGACAUUCUAACAGUAUUUCUGAUUGUAUACUCAACUCACCAUCAUAUACUUUUAAUGUGGGGCUAUGACUGUCAAUUGCAAAUUAGUCUGACAUAAUGUAUCUUAUCUCACUACCACUAGUGAGAUGGGUGUGCUUGAUGCAUGUUGCGUCGGAGCUUCUCAAAGUCAAGGGGGGUGGUCGACAGUGCGCACCUCAUCUCUCCUAUCACAUACAACGUGGAUCGAUAUUUGUUUUUAUUGCAGAGGAGAGCACUGAAUCAGCGUACCAUGAGUUGUAAUGCUCGGAGGGAGACGGCACAGGAUUCCCUUUGAGUCAGGAACCAAACUUCUCCAUAGUGACCCGUGAAUGUGUUGUUUGCAGCAUUUGGUCACGACAGCUCGAUCAGCUGUUUGAUUUCACUUACCAGUAUGUCAACUGAGCCAGGAUCACAGUCAAAUGGAUUUUACAUGCUUGCAUUCAGUUCAUUCAGUUUCUCAGAUAGGCUAGGUUCAGUCAUUUUCCUCUUGAUUGCCAGCUAUAGCAUCAAUUCUUAGUUUCACAGUGUUAUCUGACAAAGGUAUUGAUGUUCGGUGCCUCUGCCUCCCCACACAUUGUUUUCACCAUAUCAACUGCAGCUGGUAAUAUCAAAGUCUCUGCAAUAGUGUGUGGUUUCAUAGCGUAGUGGGCCUAGCCAUUCACCGUGGGAAUUAUUCAAGUGUAACGGUCAAGUGCUGCCCUUUCCCAUGAUCUAAGGGCACUCUCUGGUUGAAUUUUAACUUCUAGAUUAGAAUAAUUUUCAUUUCGAUUUUUAAGGUUAACCACAUUACAAUGAUUUUGAGAGAGACAAUAUUAGAAUACAGUGGCGGCUCCUGAAAAAAUUCUCAGGAGGGGCAAUUUUUCUGAUGAUUUAGGUGACCUACACACAUUUUUAAAAAGAUAUGUCCAGCAACAACAUGAAGACAGGGGCAGCAUAUAAGUCAAUACCAGAAGCAUUUAUUGACUGAUCUCAAAAGUGUUGGCUUACAAAAGCAAAAUAAGUUAUCACAGUAAAAAUAAUCAAGGGUGUUCUUUCACAUUCCUCAACACUGCAUAAACAAUAUGUAUGGCUUUGUAAAAAUGAACAACCAUAUUCUGGCCAAUUGUAUAGAUUUGUAAAUAUGAACAACCAUAUUCUGGCCAAUUGUAUAGAUUUGUAAAAAUGAACAUGAACAGAUUUUUUAUUUUUUUGAAUGGCAGUACCUUUCAAACAUGUCUGCUUGCAGUAAGGUAGCACUCACAAGGUGGCCAGAGAAAGAGAACCUUUCUUUGGUGUGAUCCAGGAUGGUGUUGCAGACCUCUUCAGACAGCCUCUGCUUCUCCUCUUCUCUCAAAGCUGUUCUGGGUCUUUUGGCUCCUGUUGCUUCUUGCAGCUGCUGUUGAGAGGAGUCCCUGAAGGCAAACAGACCAAUGUGUUUGUUGGCUUUGUACAGUAUUGUUGUCUAUGUGAUGCACAGGUAUAUGCAAUGUAUCCAUGUAUAGUACAAAUACUUCAGUUCCACUUAAAAUGGGCAGGGAUGCAUAAAGUCUUUAGUGUUUAAGUUAGCCUUUGUGUCUCACAUAGCCUGGAUGUUCAGCACAGUAUACAGUGGUGCUCAUAAGCUUAUGAUCCCAUGCUAAAGUUGACUAAAAAGAGGAAUAAAAAAGAAAAGAAAAUUGGUGUCCUUAAAGGUUGGAUUUUCCAACUUUUUUAAUUAAGUCAUUAAGAUCAAUUUCCAAAAGAUGAUUUUUUUAUUUUUUUAUUCCUCUUUUUAGUCAGCUUUAGAAUGUGUUCAUACACUUAUGAGCACCACUGUACAGUACACAUAGUAUAUAAAAUUAGAUAGAUUACACCACUGGCCAUAUAUAAUGACAAUAAUGUAAUUUCAAACACAAAUGCAGUCUCCUUUCAUGCAUACAUUUUCAAAUAAAGCUCUGCUUUGAGAAAGAUCGAAUGAUAUUGUUUAAUCUUUAUCUUACCUUAUGGCCUGCACACUGCUUGCGAAGCUGUCGAGGGCACGUUUGAUAAAGACAGCAUCGAUGUCCUUAUUCUGUAGCUUCUGGUACGGUGGGCUGGUCAAAUGAACCCAAUGAACCCGUCCGGAUGGCUUCAAAACAUUCUAUGAGGUCGUCUCGAUUCUCGUAGACAGUGUUCACGACUCUGCUGUUGCUAACCUCAUCGUUGUGGCGGCGGACAGCUAGCCUGUAUCCCUCAUCCAGUUGAGUGGCAAUAUUCACUCUCACCAAAGCAGACAAUCUCAAACAGCUAUCAAUGUGGGUCUUUGACAGCUCAUUUUUCUUAAUCUUUUCUGAAAGAUGGUGCAUGUCGGUUACACCAGUCGCUGUCCAAGCGUUGCUGUCUGCCGUUCAUGGUUACGUUACGUUACGUAUGACGAAAGCGCGUAAGUGCAAGCCCUCAGACACCCAUAGAGAAUGUAUUGAAAGCUCAGAAAUUUGAAAAAAAAAUUUUUUACAUUAGAGGCUAUGAGAGACUUCUGGGCGAUUUUCAACCUGACUGAAAUCGCCCCAAAACGGGCGGGGACAUUUGAAGCACGACUUUAGCCUGAUUGGACAUUUAGUGGCUGGCAGAUCAGACGUGAACACUGAACUACUGUUGCCAUGAUAUAAUUGAUUAGAAAAAAAAUCCCUUCCUUUUCCCGUUUGGCAGUGCGUCGCCCAUAUCGCCCUAUUGAACACACCGCCCAUGUUAGAAUAUAUAUUUAUUUUUUACCAGGAUUUUGGAAAUUCUCCCACGACCCGAUUUUCAUAUCAGUUACAACCCCUAGUUUGGGAACCGCUGUACUAAUACAAUUAAACAUGAAUCAAUAAAAAAAAUGGAAUAUGUUUUGCAUAAUAUUUUUGCAUACAACUUCAAAAAUAUUUAUAAGAGUAUGUCUCUCUUGUCCUCUUGUCAGUGAUGACCAAACGCUGACCUUUAACCUGUCCCUCUGUCUCCAAGGUGACAGUGGAGUACCGUGAUAACAGUGGGGCCAUGGAGCCGGUACGUGUCCAUACAGUGGUCAUCUCUGUGCAGCACAGCCCUGAUGUCAGUCUGGAGAAGAUACGCUGUAGCCUUAUGGACAGCGUGGUCCGGAAGGUCAUUCCUGCCCGUUACCUAGACGACAAGACCAUCUACCACCUGCUGCCCAGUGGGAAGUUCCUCCUGGGUGGACCUCAGGUAAGAAUGGGGCAGAGUCACACUUUAUAGCACCUUUCAAUUAAUAUACCAUUAUUCCCUUACCAAAUCAAAUGCCUUAUACAUGGUUUGAAUGCUUGUAAAUGUUUAUACAUGUGGAGAUGCUAAUUUGUCGAACAAUAUGUACACAUACUGUAACUUAUUUUGUUUAUAGAUUCUUAUAAAUGUAAGGUUAUAAUGGUAAAAGGUGUUUCCUUGCAGUAGUGCCGGUUUUACAAUGUCUGAAUCAAAACUCCCAGGGAAUUAGAUGCGUGUGUAUUUUGUGUUUUUGUACUCUUCUGAACAGAGUGAUGCGGGACUGACAGGCCGUAAGAUCAUAGUGGACACCUAUGGAGGGUGGGGAGGGCAUGGUGGAGGGGCCUUCUCUGGAAAGGACUACUCU